UGUUCCAAAAAGGGGUGAGUCGCGUUUGGAAUCAGAAGAAAAUUUAGUUUAAUUCGCUCUUAAAAAACGAUUAAAGGCAAUCAAAGUACGAUGGCCGUUGCCUCAACGGCACUGGCAAAAAGAAUUAAAACUGAGCCGCUUGACGCCGAUAUGACGGGCACCGAAAACGCCCGAAAUUCGAUAGAAAACGUACAGGAAGUUGCUAGCAAAGUGCAGUUUUUAAACACGGUUGUCGAUAGAGUGCACUUACGACACGUUAUGCUUUACGAAUUUCGGAAGGGGUCAAAUGCUACAACAGCCUUGAAAAACAUCCGUCGGGUUUAUGGAAAUCAGGCACCAGCUAGACGGACGGUGUUUCUAUAUUUUUCAAAAUUUCGUAUCGGGGAUUUCAGUCUUGGAGAUUUGAGUCAUGUUCAUCAUGACGAAUAUGCUGAUAAACCAGCACUUCAGGAUCAUCCUCAACAACCUCCUCCGGCUUCAAGUGAAUUGGAGACUGCUAGGGGAAGUGAGCUGAAUCAUGAAAAAACCUCCGAUCAAAAAAUGUAUGAAUGCCAAGUAUGUCUCAAAAAAUUUCACCAUCUCCGAAGUUUGGAUCGUCAUUAUGUAAAAGCGCACGUGGAUGAUCCACAGUAUGAAUGCGAGUAUUGUCACAACCGUUUUCUUAUAUCGACAAAACUGAAAUCCCAUUUAAGGAUAUGUCAUGCAAACAUUUCCAUUGACAUUGAAGAACCCGAUGCAAACCUUCAGCAAGAAAAUGCCCAUACGCUGUCCCAGGCAAAUCUUGCUUCCAAAACAUCGGAUUUGAGUGACCUUCGGGACAUCUGUGUUGAGGAUAUCCUAAACCUUGGUGAUCCGGAAACCAGCCAAUAUACAACUCCUGAAGAUAAUUCAUGCUUUCUUCCUGAUGAUAAUGUGAUGGAACACGUUGAAUCAAGCGUGAUUGAAGAAGAAAGUUCUCGGAAAAAUGGACGAUACCAUUCAGAGAUAGAUAAUGCAGCUCCAAAAAUCUUUCAAUGCGAAAUAUGUCACAUGAGUUUUACACGUCAGUGUUCAUUGAAUCGACACUAUGUAUUACAACAUGUGGAUAAGCCUGAAUUGGAAUGCCAAUACUGUAGAGAGCAUUUUCCCACCCCGAAAAAGCUAAAAUUGCAUAAAACUCGAUGUGAGGUUAAUUGCGAACGAAUUGGAGAACAUAAUGCAGCAUUACAGGAGAAAGAGCAUUGCCUUGAGCUAACUGAUACUAUUUUCGAAAAAAAUCCUGUAAGCUGCAUUUCUGAGCAAAAUCUGUUGAUUAGUGGUGAUGACUCAACAACAGAAGAUGCUGAGAUUUUUAAAGAUAAAUACAGAUGCGACAAAUGCCCGGCUUCUUUCAACCGCAAACAUGCUUUGACGGAUCACUUUGCAGCAUAUCAUUUGAAUAAACAACGAUACGAGUGUGAGUUUUGUGGGAAACGGUUUUUCUUUGGACCAAAAUAUGAGUCUCAUCGGAUAAAUGACCAUCUUAAGGAAUACAAUGCACUACUAAGAGAAAGGAAACUCCAAACUCUGCCUAAAAAUUGCUUGUUCCAAAUGGAUGGAUGCAAAAUUAUCGAAGAAAGUCCUACCACAACAACAUUUGAAUUCAUUGAUAUUCAGGACGGCUCGAUCAAAACAAAAAAAGAGGAAUCUGAGAAUGAUACGCAGUCCGAUCCAAAAGCCGAGGAUAAAAAGCGAGAUGAUAAUUCUCGCAAAUGUAAAAGAUGUUUUAAAACGAUUCACGGUUCAUUGAAACGUCAUAUUGCAAUCAUGCACAAAACUGAACAACGUUUUGAAUGUAAGAAAUGUCAUAAGCGUUUCUUUCGAUCAGCAGGAUUCAAAGUGCAUCAAAGUUAUUGUGGAGCUAAUGUAAAAGAGCGAUACAACUGUGACGGGUGCGAAUUAACCUUCAAAAAAGAGAUAUUUCUUUGGGACCAUUUUACAUCGAAACAUUUGGAAAAACCUCGGUACGAGUGUGAGUUCUGUGGGGAACGUUUCGACUAUCACCAAAAAUACUAUUGCCAUCGGAAAAAUGACCAUCUUGAGGAGUACAACGCACUUCUUAAGGAAAAGAGGGUCCGUUCGUUGCCAUUAAAUUGUUUGUUUAAAAUGGAUGGCUGCAAAAUCGUAGAAGAAGGCAUUUUUUCCGUGAACGGACAACCUGGUUCCGGACUUGAAACAAAUGAAUCACAAACGGCGGUAUCGAUUGGAUCGGAGAACGAGACAAACGGACCAGAAAUGUAUGCACAUGAAUGCAGAUUAUGUCACAAAACAUUUAACACUGUCUACAAAUUGGAUUGCCAUUAUACAUCGUUGCACGAGAAUGAGCCACAGUAUGAAUGCGAGGACUGUAAUAAGCGUUUCCUUAGUACGGAAGGAUAUAAAACGCAUCGAAAGCAUUGUAGGUUGAACAAAUUUAGAAACAGAUACAGCUGUGGCAGAUGCUCUUCUACGUUUGGAUACAUGCAACAUCUGAAAGAUCAUUUUGCUGCGAAGCAUUUGAAAAAACCACGAUACGAGUGUGAAUUUUGUGGGCAACGUUUCUUCAUCAUUCAUAAAUACAUCUCCCAUCGGAAAACGGAGCAUCGUGAGGAAUACGAGGCGCUACUUAAGCGAUCCAAUGUCCGCAAGUUGCCCUACAAUUGUCUGUAUCGAAUGGAAGAUUCGAAAAUGUGGAAAUUUACAGUAGAUACUCCCAGCACUGAAGUACCGCAAACUUCUAGCACUAUUACCAUCGACGAACUGGCUGCGAGUUUCUCAUUUACGCCGGAACCACAAACCGAGAGAAUGAUAUUUAAUGAUCUGAUCGAAAUCAAACAAGAAGAAACUUGGAAGGAUGCGCUGUACGAUCCAGAGGCAACGGAUCAAAAGCCCGAACAAAAUACUCGCAAAUUUAAAAGACGUUUCAAAACAUUCGAAGAUUCAUUUCAACGGAAUAUUGCAGUUGUUCACAAACGUAGGCUACCUUUUAAAUGUGGGUACUGUAAUAGGCGUUUCUUGCGAUCGGCAAUAUUCAAAGUGCAUCAAAUGCGUUGUGAAGUUAAUGCCAGAAAGCGGUACAACUGUGACAGGUGCAAACUACUUUUCAAAAAAGAAUUAUAUCUCUGGGACCAUUAUACAUCAAAGCAUCUGGAAAAACCGCGGUACGAGUGUGAGUUCUGUGGGGAACGUUUUUUCUAUAAUAAAACAUACUACAGCCAUCGAAAAAAUGGCCAUCUUGAGGAGUACAACGCUCUUCUUAAGCAAAAGAAUGUACGUUCGUUGCCAUUUAAUUGUUUGUUUAAAAUGGAUGGUUGCAAAAUUGUGGACGAAAGCUUACUUCCCGAAAGCGAACAAGCCAGUUCCAAACUAGAAAUAAAUAAAUCACAUACGGUGACUCGAUCGAAGAACGAGAUAAACGAACCAGAAAAGUAUGCACAUGAAUGUAGAUUAUGUCGCAGAACGUUCAACACUAUCUUCAAUUUGGAUUGCCAUUAUGCAUCGAUGCACGAGGAUAAGCCGCAGUAUGAAUGCGAGCAUUGUAAAAAGCGUUUCCUUAGUUCGGAAAGACACAAAUCGCAUCAAAGGAUAUGUAGAUUUAACAAAUUAAGAAUAAGAUACAGCUGUUGCAGAUGCCCUUCUACGUUUAGUUUCGUUAAUAAUCUGAAAGAUCACUUUGCUGCGAAACAUUUGAAAAAACAUCGAUACGAGUGUGAAUUUUGUGGUGAACGUUUUUUCUUUAUUCAAAAAUACGUUUACCAUCGAAAAUCGAAGCAUCGUGAGGAAUACCAGGCGCUACUAAGGCAAUCUAAUGAUUCAAAGUUACCUUUCAAUUACCUAUUUCGAAUGGAUGAUGAGGAAAUGUGGAAAUUAAUUCGCAUCAAAGCAACUCCCGGCACUGAAACACCCACAGAUUCAAGCACGCAAACUGAUACCAGGAAGAGGUUUAAUUGCAGAUUGUGUCCCAAGACGUUUCAAAGCAAUGAGAAUUUAGACCGCCAUUAUGUGUCAACGCACAAGGAUGAGCCACAGUUUCAAUGCGAGUACUGUAAUGAACUAUUCCUGAAGUCGGUAAAACUAAACCGACAUAAAAGAACAUGUAAAUUUAACGAAUCAAAAGACAAAUACGCCUGUGAGCUCUGCCCUGCUACGUUUAAACUCAGUCAUUCAGCGAGAAGACAUUUUGCUGCGGUGCAUUUAAACAAGCAGUGACAGUUGCUUUCGAACAAAAGGGUUUUGGCGUCAGCCGUAAUUGUGUCUCCCUGGACCGGAUCGGAACCGAUUGCAACCGCUUAUAGCCGGAGGACUGGAACAGUCAGCACAGUUACCUCUUCAAAUUGGUUGGACGAAUGGUUGCCCUAAAAAAUGUUGUUAUGUUGACAGUUUAUUUAAAAUUGAAUUGAUUUUGAAAGACCUAUCUUGGAGUCCACUAUCGUUUGCCCUCUCGUAGCUGUCGGAAUUUUCCGCUCUUGAAUCCGAUGCUGUCUGGGGUUGCACGGCAGGAAGAUUCCGCUGAUAUAAAUAAGUCUGACUGGUUAUCGGAAAAGCUUUUCCCCGACACGUUCACCAAACAGAAGCUAAUGAAGAUGUGUCGACUAUUUGACGAAAAAAUACUUUGAUUCAAAAAAACAUUCAUCUAAAUCAAUGAAUUUUUACAUUGAAUCUGCGUCAAAAAAUAAAUUCUUUAAAUUUAAAUUAAGUACUAUGAUUUUAAAACUUGGAACAUUGGUUUAAAGGAAAAAUAGUUCGGUUCAAUAUAAAAUUUACUUAAAUCAAGGAAAAAGGAUUUUGUUUCAAUGUACGCAAGGUUUUUGAAUUAAAGAUGUAUUUUUUUAUAUCAAUGGUACUACUUUUCGCUGCGUGAAUUUGGUGGAUUUGUUUUUUUUUCGAUUUUCAACUAUAAAGCAAAACGAAUGUCCGAGCACUCUGAUGCCCCAAACGAUAGCAACGAGGUGUCUACAGCAUACUUUUGCUGUUGAUUUUUCCAUGAUAGUAAAACUAGGCAUCAUGAUGGUUUGAAAAUUUUCUACCUGAUAGCACACAGAAACCAAAGUAAGCUAUCAAUAGCAGGCUGUUGGCACAACUCGAUGUAGAACUCUAUUUGAUAGCAAAACCAGGUAUCAAUAAGCUUUCAUGAUCGUAGCUGAGACCAAAAUGAUGGCUUUAAAAUCCACAAUGGGGCUGAUGAUAUAGCUCAGUUGGAUAAACAGUUGCCUUCUGAACUGAUGUCCAUACGUUCGAGUCCAUUUAUUCAUUUAACAUGGUUACUUCAAAGACUUAAAUAGUUAAACCACUUGUGUGGUAAGAGUGCGCGCGUUAAGACGUCAUUUCAAUAAAGCUUAUGUAUAUAUCA